AUGCAGUGUCGGCGUUUAAUUUCUACGUUCUGUUCGUUAGUUUAGAGCACGUACAGUACCGCAUCAAUAAACAAUUUUCCAGGGCGUAGAUGGCAGUAAAUCCAAAAAGCACAUGUGUUUGUUGCGGACAAUUUCUUUUCGUGUGCAAAAUGUGAAGAAGACUGGAGACCUCUAGGUAAAAUAGCCUGAUCCUGUAAGUGAAGCAUUCCAGUAAAUAUGCGAUGUUCAUGAACGUAAGAAUACAUGUUUAGUGAUUUCGGCGAAAGAUCGUUGAGCUGUAAAUAGUCAGAGUGUGCGAAGAGUUUUCCGCUCUAAUGUGCGUAUAUUACUCCCGCUCGAAUUGUCUUACAGUUGUUCAUUUUGUGCUUCUCAUAAACAUCAUAUGUACAGACUGGAAUUUCCCUUGAGAGAUCAGUUGACAUUUAGGAGCUGUAUCGUGUAAUCAGAAUAAGUCGGCAUGUAGCCUGACGAAAGAGCUGUUGACACUCCUCUUUCUCUUGCCUGCUCAGUCAGCUGUCUUCGAAUGAGCUCCAGUUACCAUCUUCACCGGAGACAACGUAUUGUGGUAGAUUCUCCCCUCAUUUGUCCGCAUAUCACUAUUUUACGACAAGAGUGAAAGUGUUUACCGUAAAAUCCGUCGUAGCUGUAAUUAUUGUUUUCGUAUCUUAUUAAAGAAAUCGAGUGCCUGAAAUGGUGCAAUGUGCGACAGAUGUGAACGUAGUUAAAUAUUUGGUACUUGUAAAUACCUGCACCGAAGUUGAGGAGGAAUAAGGCAGACUGUUCAUCGAAAGUGAAGGAUGAUGCGAGAGUGCUAGUCGUUCCAUCGCCCACUGGCGGAAUGCUGAAAACGGUUUUUAUAGACGAGCUUCCAUUCGCCACAGAAAGCUCACUGCUGUGAGUAGCAACACCGGCGUGCAGUCUGGAGUGUGACUACCCGCUGGAGAGUCGUGGCUGCCCAGUGAUGGUGGAAUCGACGCAGAGCGCGGGCGCCGCCCCUGGAGGCCAGUCUGCGACCGGCGGCAGCGAUGAGGCGGUCCCCAGCGCGCCCACCACCCGGUCGCCGGAGUCGGAGGAGCGGCGCCGCACGGGCCAGUACAUGGCGCUGGGCGUCGUGGCGGCGACCUUCCUAGUGGGCCUCUACCACGCCUGCCUGCAGAAGAACGCCGCUCUAGCCGGCCUGCUCGUACCCUCGCUCAUCAUGAUCGUCUACCUAGCCUGGGUGCUCUACUCCGCCAGGAAGAAGAAGUACGGGGAGAGGAGGCGCAGCUCGGCGCUGGAGAGCGGCGGACUGACGCCACGGGCGGCGCGGCGGCUCGCCGAGCACUGCUACAGCAACCCGCAGCAGGACAUCACCGCCACGGAACUGAAUAAUGCAACAAAUAUUCGGAUCGCAUGACGCAGCCGUGUAGCUGUGUGCUGCCACGCCCUCGUCGUGCUGCCAUGUUCCGUGGCUCAAAACGACGACCACUCCUGGAUUCCAACGAACCUCCCAAGAAGAAGUGCUGGUUCGCCAGCGGGAAGUCCUGCUUGGUUUACGUUCCAGCAUCAAAACAUAUGAUCAAACUGUUGUUGAUUUUAAAAAAUGCCAUUUCUCAUCAUCUACACGACGUUAGACAAUCGUAUCACGUUGAAAGUCUGGUUUUGGGAAACAACUGAGUCCUUUUACCCAAUUUGAACUUAAUACUCUUGUUAUCAGCCCGUUUGUAGAGACUGUUCAAAUAUGCCAUUCCACGUUCUCUUAUUUUCAGUUUGUUGCAAUAGACGUCAGAACAUUGCUGUCUGGAUCUAAGCACAGUAGGAGUAUCUAGAUGUUUUUUUAGCAGUCAGCAUUAUUAGGGAAUACUUCCCGGUUUGGGUCUGCCAUUUCACUUGCUUUCGAGGAAAUGGUUCACGCAUGUCUCUGGAGUGUCUCCCGAAGAAUCGAGAUGAGUAACAUUUGGUCUUAUUCUUCACAAAUGUUGUUUUUAACACACCCAUUGAGCAAGGUAAAUGGAGCUACCUGUAGUAUGGCGACAAAAGGCAACUGCGUCAUGAUGGUCAUUUCUAUAGAAAGAAUUAGUUAUAGUACUGAAAUAAGAAUUUUAAUCUAACAACAGAAUACUUAUCUACAGGGAAACUUUUUUUUUAUAGAUCAAAAGAUACUUUUAGUUUAUCGACAAUACUACAAAUUUCUCAUUUCUGUCCUAAAGCAUGGCUAAAUUCGUCCACUCCAGAGAGCAAGUUUUCAGAUAACAUCAUACAGGUACUGUAACAAAAAGCUUCUAAAGCAAUUUAUUCAGUGUUGAAAGUUAUCACGUUCAGUACUAAUCUUGUCCGAAAACAGUGUCCUUUUCUUCAAAAUUUUAUUUAACAUUUAACACUUUUACGUAAUCACAUCACAUACAUCACAUACCAGUACGUAACAGAAAACAUAACUCAUUUUAUGAAUAGUUAUACAAAAAAUUCAGUCUUUAAUACGGAAAUCUGUAAGAUAUUGUCAGGUCCGUAAUUUAUUAGGUGACACUUGUGUAGAAUUUACAUUACGUUUGAAAGACUUGAGUUCACAUAUUUUCUGAAAUUUCCAGCCGAUUACAUUGAAUUCAUUCUUAGCUGUUGCCAAAACAAAUUCAAAUGUGAAAAAUAUUGACCUACCUACGAGCACGUGUGGUUUGAACAGUUGGCAUCCACUACAGGAGAUACAAGUUCAACGUGAUAUCUGAAAGAAGACAAUAUUUUCUAACUGGUCUUUUAGACACAGAUACAAUGUGUAUAAGACGCCCCUGAGACACAAAUACUAGGAUACACCGGUAGUGAACGAAAGGAAUUAAAUAAUUUAAAUGAACACGUGGCACACUGCCUGGCUUAAACAUUUUGGUUUGACAGCACCUCAGCGGCAGGUAUCCGAAUGUCGCCGCUUAUUUACCGCAACGACUUCACAUUUGGCUUCAGGAGUCGAAUGCACGCUUUCUUUUUAUAGUAAAUAAAUAUCCACGGAGCUUACAAGGGAACUUUAGGUCAACAGCUAGAAACGCUAGCCUCCUGACCACGAAGGUGUUCAUGAAACUGAUAGUCCCAGUAUAUUAGCUCUGAGUUGAUGUACUACCCAUCUUCAGUUCAUAAUAAACGUUUUCUCGCAAAAUCUGUUACAGCAAAUACAUGAAUCACCUCAACAGUGAACACUUUGAAUUUUGUGAUGAACAAGCAUAAUAUUACAUAUAUUAGUUGACAUGGUGGAUUUUGUGAGAAAUCUAAUGACUGGUACUUAUUCAUUAAAGACGACAAGGAAGUAAUUGGUACAUUUUACACACAUUGAAAUAUUUUUGCAUAAAUGACUGUUUUAAAUAUAAU